AUGGAGGUGGGGCACGUGUCAGGUGACGUGACUCAGUCGUUGUAUGUUAAAUCACGCAAAUAUAAAAUUUAUAAAACUAGAAAAUACGAAUUUUCAGAUAUUUAGAAGUAUUUCUAAAUAAAUAUAUCAAUUAUAAUUCAAUAAAAAUUCCAAAAAUAGCGGUAAUUUUCCAAGUCGAUCACAAGGAUGUAAUAUAAUAUCUGGUAAUUAUUCAGAAUUUUUCUCAAUGAGUACGAUUUUCUUACAAAUUUUAUACUAGGAAAUAAAAAGGAAAUAUAUUUAAAAUUCACGGAAAAAAAAGGAAAUAAGGGUGCGGACGUCAAGAUGACGUCAGCGCCCGGCGAACGCGAAUCAGGCAGAAACAGAGUUCCACCUGGCGAUUCUUACGUAGGCGAUUACAGACGACUCAAUUAAUCAAAUUAAGAUCUGUAAAAGCCGGAAGAAUCGUAAUUGAAUGAAGUAUAGUUUGGUAAAUUAAAAUCAACAAAGUAUCACUAAAUGAAGCGUAAAUUAAAUUGAAAGCAGGAAAACAGAGUUCUGGCGUCACGACGGCGAUGCGUCGGCGAUGCACCAGAAUCUUGAGCGUUCGAGAGGAUCGUCGUGCAGUGUCCACGGCCUCGAAGGCUCUCCUUGGACAAAGACGACGUGGGCAAUCUCUAGAUCUUCUCGCGAAGUCUAGAGAUCAAUAAAGUGGGUCGUCGAAUCGUCUCUGGCGGCUGUCACCCGGCGGAGCAGAAAAACGGCAACUUUGCGGCUCUCCUGCGGCUGUCACCCGACGGAGAGGAGCUGGAUGGAGGUGGGGCGCGUGUUAGGGAGCUUCAUCCUCAGGUCCGCGCAACAAGAGGAGGCUCUUCAUCGCAUCUGGUACGCUCUUAGGAGGUGGCGACUGGUCUCCUGGCAGAUCGUUCUCUUCCCGUCGACGGCUUGUUCGUCGAUCAAUCGAAGAUGA